CCCCCGCGCAGGGGGGAGAGGGGCUCGUCCAGGUCUCGCCGCAGUGGAUGCGUUUUUCGGCCGCUGAUAUUUUUUUCCAACCUCCCCUCUCCUCCCCUUCUCGCCCUCCCCUUCUCCCCCCCGAUAUUUUUCUAGCCCCUGACGGGCGGGAGGAGGAGGAAGGAGGGAGAAGCGAUGCGCAAGAUGGAGAAGCCGCUGCCUGCGCGGCGGGGCCGGGAGCCGGGCUGGGCCCACGGGAGGUAGCCGAGGAGGAGAGCAGAAGGAGCACGGAUCAGGCUGUCAUGGAGGGAACCAGGCAAACCAGGAUUUGUCGUCCACACAAGAUAAGUGAAUCGUCCAAGGUGUACAGGUGGGACGACCACUCCAGUCUCGUUCUUCAGAGCCUGAAUGAGCAGAGGCACCGUGGCCUUUUCUGUGACAUUGUCCUUGUGGUGGACGAGCAGAGAGUCCCUGCCCAUCGCAACCUCCUGGCGGUUUGCAGCGAUUACUUCAACUCCAUGUUCACCAUCGGGAUGCGAGAAGCCCACCAGAAGGAGGUGGAACUUUUUGGAGCCUCUUACAUCGGUCUCAAGGCCGUGGUGGAUUUCCUUUAUGGCAGUGAGCUGUCUUUAGAUGGUGGCAAUAUUGACUACGUGCUGGAAACAGCUCACCUGCUGCAGAUCUGGAAGGUGGUUGACUUCUGCUGCGAGUAUCUGGAGAAUGAAGUCAGUGAGGAGAAUUAUUUGUACCUGCAGGAGCUUGCCUCCAUUUACAACCUGAAGCGCCUUGACUCCUACAUUGAUUCUUUCAUCUUGCAGAACUUUGGCACUCUCUCUUUCACCCCGGACUUCCUGCAGAACAUUUCCUUGCAGAAGUUGUGCCAAUACCUGGACAGCAGCAAUGUGCAGCAGGAGUGCGAGCACGACUUGCUGCAGGCUGCUCUGCAGUGGCUUACCCAGUACCCAGAAAGGGAGAACGAGGCUUACCAGGUCCUGGAUAACAUUCAUUUUCCCUUGAUACCUAAAAGUGAUCUCCUCCAUCGAGUCAAGCCUGCUGUCUGCUCUCUUCUUCCCAAAGAAGCAAACUGUGAGGGGUUUAUAGAGGAGGCAGUGAACUAUCACAACAACGUCACUGCUCAGCCGGUGCUGCAGAACAAGAGGACAGCCCUGAGGACCUCUGAGGAAAGGCUCCUCUUUGUGGGAGGGGAGGUUUCUGAACGGUGCCUGGAACUGAGUGAUGAUACCUGCUUCUUGGACAUCAGAAAGGGGCAGUGGGUGGCAGAAACCCCUCUCCCAGCCAGGCGAAGUCACCACUGUGUUGCAGUCUUGGGAGGCUUCAUCUUCAUAGCCGGAGGCAGCUUUUCCAGAGACAAUGGAGGGGAUGCAGCUUCAAAUCUCCUAUAUAGGUAUGAUCCCCGCUGUAACCAGUGGAUAAAGGUUGCCUCCAUGAGACAGCGCCGUGUAGAUUUCUACCUUGGAGCUAUUACUGACAUGCUGGUGGCUGUUGGUGGCAGGAAUGAAAAUGGGGCACUUUCUUCAGUUGAGACCUACAGUCCUCAGAAGGAUUCCUGGUCCUAUAUUGCAGGCUUGCCAAGGUUUACCUACGGCCACGCUGGGACUGUCUACAAGGAAUUUGUGUACAUUUCUGGGGGCCACGACUACCAAAUUGGCCCCUACAGAAAAAACCUCCUCUGCUACGAUUACCGCACGGACGUUUGGGAGGAGAAGAGGCCAAUGAUCACUGCCCGGGGGUGGCACAGCAUGUGCACCUUACAGGACAACAUCUACUCCAUUGGUGGCAGUGAUGACAACAUAGAAACCAUGGCUCGUUUUGACAUCCUCAGCGUGGAGUCCUACAGCCCCCAGUGUAACCAGUGGACCAGAGUUGCCCCCCUCUUGCAAGCCAACAGUGAGUCCGGGGUGGCAGUUUGGGAAGGCAGGAUUUACAUCCUUGGAGGCUACAGCUGGGAAGAAACAGUCUUCUCCAAAACAGUCCAGGUUUAUGAUAAGGAAAAAAAUAAGUGGUACAAAGGGACUGACUUGCCCAAAGCAAUCGCAGGGGUGUCUGCCUGUGUCUGUGCAUUGAAACCCAAAACAGAGGACAAAAAGAAGAAGACAAAAACAAAAAAGCAUCAAGAUCGGGGAAGAUGACUGUGUCUGAAUGAGCACCUUUUGUGGUGGACUCCCAAAGGACUUUGUAUUUAAUGGUUUUUAUCUAGCCUUGACUCUUUUUCUGUUGUUUUUUCUAAAUGGAGGGGCAAAGACACGUCUUGUAGCCUCAGCAAACGUAAGGCUGAAUGUGUUUUUUGGAUUAAGCUCGUGCUUAAUGAAAAAACUACAAAAGAAACAAAAAAAACAACCCCAAACCUUCCUACUAUAUAAAGGGUAAUAUGGCAAGAGAGGUUAAGCUGCUCUCCUGAAUGUUAAGGUUUAGUCUUUUACCUCUGUGGUUCAUGGCAUUUCCACACACUUCAUAGUAUCUUGACCUUUUUGAAGGAAGGUUUAAUUUGUGUCUGAGAUGAUAAUGUCAAGGGGGAGGAGGCAGAGUAGUAAGGGUCUGGUUUGAAGUUACAGAGCAGUUCAAAGGUGUUCAGAAGUAACUGCUCAGAAAAAAAAAAACAAAAAACCCAAAAGGGAUCUUCAGUGCUGCAAAUCUUGAAUUUUUGUAAUGUUAAAUUUCAUUCAUGAUGCAUGCUCAAAUGGUUAGAAUCUGAUUUCUGGCACCACAGGAGUGUUCAAAGAGGAUAUUACUUUGGGUGAGUGCAGGUCAGAGCAGUGUGAAGAGCAGAGGACUCCACUGUGCUCUUUAAGAUGAAGAAGACCUGGCUGUGUGGCUGAAGAAUGGGUGGCUUUGACUUGAGCUUGGAUUGAUGGCAUGGAGAACUUGGAAGUCUGGGAAAGGUGAUAUGACUUCUGCAUCCCUUGUCGUGCCAUGUCUCAUAUCUAAACACAACAGCAACAUUUUCAUGGGCUUUAAAACAUGCCCCAGAAUAAGGGAAAAAAAAAAUCAAUCUGUUGAAGAACUGGAAAGAUGUGAGGGUUUGGAUGGAGACUUUUGCCCUGGACCUUCAAAGCACAAGGAGCUGACAGAGCUCAGGUUGGGGAAGAGAUGGCAGGAGGAUCCUUCAGGUGAACUUGAAGGAGGAAGAUGUCACCUCCCCAGCCCUGCUUGCCUGUCAGGGUGGUUUCCACUUCGUUUAGCUCAAGCCUCGCCGUGGUCACGGGUGGUAGCCAGUGUGAGCAGGGAUCCACACUGCAGUUGUCUGCUAUCAGAGAGCUUAUUAACCCUGGAUGAUUAAUUGGGGUUCAGUAAACCUGAAGAAUAGCAACUCAUUUUUUUUUUUUACCUGAGCUAAUAUCUCACAUUUUCCUCUUUU